AUGACCACCAAGACGGCUUUGGGCGGCUACAAGGCCCACGACCAGCUUCUCUUCGUCAACUUCAACCAGGACAAGACAUGUGUCUCUGUCGGGACUCGCAAAGGUUACAACAUCACCAAUUGCGAUCCCUUCGGUCGAGUCUACGCACGCAAUGACGGACCGGUCUCUAUCGUGGAGAUGCUGUUCUGCACCAGUCUGGUGGCACUGGUCGGCUCUGCAGCCACCGGUGGAGGUGCCCAAGGUGCGAUGUCGGGAUCCGGCAGCGCACGCAAGCUCAGCAUUGUUAACACCAAGAGGCAAUCGACCAUCUGCGAGCUGACCUUUCCGACGUCUAUCCUGUCCGUCAAGCUCAAUAGGCGGCGGCUCGUUGUCGUGCUCGAGGAACAGAUUUAUCUCUAUGACAUCUCCAAUAUGAAGCCUCUUCAGACCAUUGAGACCAGUCCUAAUCCCGCAGGCAUCUGUGCACUAUCAUCUGCGCCAGACAAUAGCUAUCUGGCCUACCCCAGCCCAUCGUCCUCGACUGGUGCAGCUUUUCCGAAUAGUCCCAAUGCUGCACCGGUCACAACCAGCGCGCAUACCGCUGGCGACGUGCUCUUGCUCGAUGCGCUAAGCUUGAGCGUCACAAAUAUAAUCCAGGCUCACAAGGCGCCGUUGGCUGUUUUGACUUUCAAUGCGCAGGGCACCUUGCUUGCCACCUCCUCAGACAAGGGAACAGUCAUUCGCGUCUUCUCGACCCCCAACGGUGACAAGGUGGCACAAUUCAGGCGUGGUUCAUAUCCUGCCCGGAUCUUCUCAAUUUCUUUCGAUGCGACGAGCUCGCUCGUGUGCGUCAGUAGCGACACUGAGACUGUGCACAUCUUCAAGCUUUUGCGAGCGCGCCAACGGACCGGUAUUGCAAAUACAAUCAGUCAACAAGAUCCCAGCCAAUCGCUGUCUGGCUUCAGAGCCAUACGCGAUGGCUCAGACUCCCUGAUAAGCGAAUCAAGUCAGGUCGCCCCACAGCAUGAGCCGGACCGCCGCGAUCGAUCGUCCAGCGUUGCGGGUUCGAUCAGAAAGCGCUCGAUCAACUUGGGCCGAAUGGCAGCAGGUAGUCUAGGCGGGUAUUUGCCGGGCGCGGUCACGGAAAUGUGGGAGCCUCAGAGAGACUUUGCAUAUCUGAAGCUGCCUCUGGCGGGUGUUAAGAGCGUCGUCGCUCUCAGCAGUACAUUACCUCUGGUCAACGUCGUGACCAGCGAAGGCGUCUUCUACACAUACAGCAUCGAUCUCGAGAGCGGCGGCGAGUGCAUCCUAAGCAAGUCGUAUAGUCUGAUGGAAGGCGUCAACGAGGCGAGCGCCCAGGCAGCAGCCGUGGUAUGA